AGAUGCCUUCCAGCAAACCAACUUCUUCUCAGCAUGGCUUUGAGGACAAUAAGGAGAAAGACGUAAAGCGCAAGGAGAGGGAAACCAAAAGGGCUGCUAAACAUAAGGAAGAAAAGGCCUGCAUCUGUGGGCAUUUAUGGACUGCUGAUGAUGAAGACAUACAAGACUCAAUGUCAGCUUCCUGUCCACACCAUCUCAUGGAGGAUAUCAAGCGGGACCUGAGGCACGUUCACAGGGACAUGAUCAAGAGUCUGGAGCGCAUGGAAGACUUUCACUGCGGCUUUGGAUUUGUAUGCCAACUGGAUGGCGAGGACAGCGAUGAUACAAUGAUUUCCCCAAAACCCAGCAAAGCCAUGGACUUUUCCCAAUCCACCGACAAGAUGUUUAUAGCGACAAUUAAACUGGAUGGGUUUUCCCCAAGAGAAAUCAGCAUAAAGGUGAAAAAGGGCAUGGUCGUCGUAUCUGGGAAACACGAAGACCGCUACGACGACAACCACGGAAAGGAAGGUUACAGAAGUAAGAGCUUUUGUAACCAUUUCAAUCUGCCACCAAAUGUUAAAGAAAAGAACGUGAGACAUUACUUUGAAAAUAGACGAACGCUGAGAAUUGAAGCUCCUUUCAGUGAAGCCAUCAAUAAGAAGACCUUUUGAUGUUUCUUCAAAUGCUCACCUACAUAGUUAAUUUAGCUGCUGGAGGAAGGUGUUGCCCUUGUUGGUGACCCAUAAGAUCAGUCUUGAUUUGUUAUGCACCCUAGAAUAAAAUAGAUUCCGCAACGCAA